AAAAAAAAACCUAACCGCUAUAAACUCUGUUUCGUCAUACGUUGCCAGCGGCGCAAAGCGACGAACUUUUUCCGGCGCGGCGAAUCUGAAUACGAUACGCGAAAAUGGUGAACGUUCCAAAGACUAAGAAGACGUACUGCAAGAACAAGGAAUGCAAGAAGCAUACCUUGCACAAGGUGACGCAGUACAAGAAAGGAAAAGACAGUCUUGCUGCUCAAGGGAAACGUCGUUAUGAUCGUAAGCAAUCUGGUUAUGGUGGUCAGACCAAACCCGUCUUCCACAAGAAGGCCAAGACAACAAAGAAGAUCGUCCUAAGGCUUCAAUGCCAGAGCUGUAAGCAUGUUUCCCAGCAUCCUAUCAAGAGGUGCAAGCAUUUUGAGAUCGGUGGAGACAAGAAGGGAAAGGGAACAUCUCUCUUCUAAGCCCCCUUCUUCUUUUUUUCUUUUUUUGCAGUUUUCAGAACUCGAACCAAUCGGUUUUUGUUGUAUUGCCGCCUUGAACUUACAUGUCGGAGCCAUAAAGUGGUGGUUUUGUUCUUGAUA